ACAUACAUACAUACAUAUAUCGAGUAAAUUAAAUAAAUAGGAAAAUUUUUCAUUUCAUUCAAAAUUUCAAAAAUAACAGUUUUCCAUUUUUUCUUUUUAUAUUUUGCCUCAAAAUUCAAUCUAAGUCAAUUAAUUGCCAAAAAAAUGCUUCGUCUACUCGUGAUCGCGUUCUGCCUAGCUGCACCCAUUCACUCUUUAUCCUCGACUACUUUUCCAGAGGACUUUUGCAGUCAUGGAAAUGUGGAACACUACGAAAGUCCUGCAACGGAAACACUCCCGAAAGCUGCCACCGUCGAUGAGCCUAGCAAUACAAGUCAGGAAAAAUUUCAGCUACGUUUAAGCGGCGGACAUGGGGCUUUUUCUGGUUUUGCGAUUCAAGCACAAGAUCCCAAUGGUGCGCCUGUUGGUAAAUUUCAAAUUGUUGAUGGGUAUAAGUCAAGAACAACGACUUGCAGGAAUUCGGAUGAUACAAUCCUGCAUACGGAAGCUCAGCAGGAAAGACCGCUCAAGAGUGUUGACUUCUCUUGGAUACCUGCUGGUUAUCAAGGCAAUGUGCGUUUUGUUGCUACCCUGGCAAAGGAAGGCGGUCCAUGGGUGCGACGUACACUUAAGGAAAUAAACGUGUAAAGGCGAUGCACUCGAGCGAUGCAAAAUUGUUUGUGGAAUUAAAAAAUCAAUAAACGAUUUUAAGACAAUAAAGGAAGAGUAGGUUAAA